AUGGCCCAGACUCUAUAUUUGACUCUUCUCCUCAUUGCUCUCUGCUCCAUAUCUGAAUGUGUUCAGCGUCAGUAUCACUUUAUAAAUGAGAACAAGACCUGGACUGAAGCUCAGAGAUACUGCAGAGAGAAUUACACAGAUCUGGCCACUGUUGACAACAUGAAUGACAUGAUCCAGCUGAAGAAGAGUCUGAAUGAUAGAGGUGUUCGAAGUAUCUGGAUUGGUCUUCAAAGGACAGAUGUUAAGAAAUGGCAUUGGUCUUCUGGUGAUCCUGUGCUCAUUCUGAACUGGGCAUCUGGACAACCAGUCGGCAGUGAUAAUUGUGCUUAUAUAAUAGGUGGACUAUGGUAUGUUUGGCCAUAUAGUGCCACCCCAACCUUCAUCUGCUACAACAUAAGCAGAGGACUGGUGUUUGUCAAUCAGUCAAUGAAAUGGAGAGACGCUCAGAAUUACUGCAGACAGAAUUACAUCGAUCUGGUCAGUGUGAGGAACCAGAAUGAGAGUCAACAGCUGGAGAAGUUCAUUAAUGACAGAAACUUAUCUGGAUCUAGAAUCUGGAUUGGUCUGUUUAGUGACCCAUGGCAGUGGUCAGAUCAGAGCAACUCCUCAUUCAGAUACUGGGAUACCAAUCAACCUGAUAAUUAUCAAAGUAAUGAAAACUGUGCAGAGAUCACUCAGAAUGUUCAGAGACAAUGGAAUGACAUCUCUUGUGUUAAUCAGUUUCCUUUUGUGUGUCAUGAAGAUAAACUGAUUGUGAUCCAGCAGAAUCUGUCGUGGUCUGAAGCUCUGAGAUACUGCAGACAGAAUCAUGUGGAUCUGGUCUCGGUUCAGUCAGUGGAGAUGCAGUAUGAGGUGAUGAACGUGGUUAAACUGGCGUCUACUGAGGCGGUGUGGUUGGGUUUACGUCACUCCUGCGCUUUGGGCAUCUGGUUCUGGGUGAGUGGAGAGACCGUGUGCCAUCAGAACUGGGCUCCAGGGAACGGCACAUCAGACGAGGACUGUGAGCUCACAGUGAGAUCUGGAGCAGUUCAGUCUGGAGGAGAUCAGACCUGGAUCAGCCGUCCUGAAACUGACCGACUCAACUUCAUCUGCACUAACUACUAAAACUUGAUCCAUGGAGGGCGGCAGCUUUGCACAGUUUUGCUCCAACACUGAUCAAACACAGCUAAUUCAACCAGUCUAGGUGUUUAAGACUACUAUGGACUAUUAAGCAAGUGUGAGUUGGAGGUGGUAGGAGCUAAACUAUGCAGAGCUGCGGCCCUCCAGGAAUGAAUUUGAGACCAUUGACUAAGA